AUGCUGCUGUCGUAUGAGAGUAUGACGGAGAGACAGCGCGAGUUGUACGACAGAGUCAAGAAUGCGAGUCGGUUUCUCGACCUGGAGAAGACGAGCAAGAUUGGCAAUGCGGAGGUACACGCGAUCGCUGCAGCACUCAAAGAGACGAAACUGACCGAGCUUUAUCUGGGCUGGAAUCAGAUUGGCGAUGUGGGGGCGAAGGUGCUGGCCGAGGCACUCCAAGAGAACAGGACGCUGACUGUGCUCGGUCUGUACCAUAACGAGAUUGGCGAUGCUGGAGCCCACGCGAUUGUGGAGGCGGUCAAAGCGCACAGCACAUUGAGCGAGAUCUAUCUGCACGCGAAUUUGAUUAGCGAUGUUGGAGCACGCGCGAUUGCUGAAACACUCAAGGAGAAAACGACGCUGAACUUACUCGAUCUGCGUGAGAACUAUAUCGGCAGUGCCGCCGCUCAAUUGCUGCGUGAGGUACUCGAAGCCAAACUUCACAUCGACAACCAGCAAAACCCUCUUGCACUCUCCUUGUUUCCACGAUCAUCACCUGUUGAAGACGUUCAGACCGUGUUUCGCCUGCUGCUUCGCGGAUCGGAGCUGCAGGAUCAAUCUGCAUCACUACCCGCAUUACCAGCCGCGAUUGCCGAACACAUAUUGAGCGACGCUCAUUACUGGCCAAGCGUACAUCAUAUCAAACGAAACAACUUUUAUGACGUAAGCCUGGGCGGUCAUGUUCUGCAGGUCGCUCUGCCUCAGCAGAGCAUCCAAGUGAAAUCAAUUCUCGUGCUUCGUGAAUGGAAAAAGCCGCGUCCCACCAACACCGCUGACAGCGCCGCUUUCGAUGUGAUUGUUCGAGAUGAGCAAGGCGCUGUUCAGUACGAGUGUGCUGUGAAAGCGACUUUCGUCGAUUCGACCAUUGAUUUUGUGACGAUCUGGCCGGCGAGUCAUCCCAUCAUUGGACAAAUGCGCGAGGGUUGGCAAGUUCAAGUUGGACGCCGCAUGUCCGAUAUAAAGCGAUUGGAACAUCGCAUCAUUGAAAGUAAUAUCGGUCAACACAUGCAAUUCGCAAGACUUUCUGUCCAAUACAUCUAA